AUGUCCGGUGCAUCGUCAGGACAGAUAGACGAGCUGGUGCAAUCAGUAAGCCUGCAUAAUCCACGUAAAUUAAUAUUUAAUGGGUACAUACUACCUUUUGUAUCACUUGAAACUUUGUGGAUAUACUGCUGGGUGUUUAUCUACGGUAUUGAUGAUUAUUUCCACGAAGGUCUUGUUGGUAUUGGAGCAAUAGGUCUCCUCCAAGGAUUCCUUUGUCUUUGUUGUCAGUGGUCUGUACACGUCUACUGUUUUUUAAACUGUAGCACCGCUAAAGAUCCUUAUAAAUCAACAAUAGUCAAAGUCGUGCCCACUCCAAACAAUGGUAGCUCUGAGCUGGUUAAAUUGCACCACUCUAAGGACAACAAGUGCUGUUGGUUUAUUUUCCAAAAGACCAAAUAUUGCUGGGACGAUGAUAAAAAACAAUUUCGUUGUCUGCAAUUUCCCAUCAACGACUUGAUCAAGACUUAUUCCAACUGGAAAGGAUUUUCUGAUGAUCAAGAAGUCGCUGACACGGAAAGUAAAUAUGGAAAGAAUAAUUUGGAAAUGGAAAUACCAGAAGCAUGGGAAUUAUUCAAAGAACGCGCAAUCGCGCCCUUCUUUGUCUUUCAGGUAUUCUGCGUAUUUUUGUGGUGCUUUGAUGAGUACUGGUACUACAGUAUCUUCACCCUGUUUAUGCUGGUUAUGUUCGAGUAUAUGCUGGUACACCAGCAAAUCCGUAACAUGGCUGAAAUUCGCAGGAUGGGAAGUAAACCCUACAUGAUUACUGUUUACCGAAACAGAAGGUGGAGAAGUAUGCUGACUGAUCAAUUAGUACCGGGUGAUAUUGUUUCGAUAACUAGAUCUCAGAGUGAUAAUAUCGUUCCUUGUGAUAUUUUACUACUGAGAGGACAGUGUGUUAUUGAUGAAAGCAUGCUUACUGGUGAAUCUGUGCCACAAAUGAAAGAAUCAGUAGAAGAUAUCGAUAGUAAUCAAGAGCUAGACAUGUCACGACAACACAAAAUUCAUAUCUUAUUCGGCGGUACUAAAGUCGUCCAACAUACGCCUCCUAAUAAGAAUACAUCUGGCUUACGAUCGACAGACAAUGGCUGUGUGGGUUAUGUAUUGCGCACGGGAUUCUCAACUUCACAAGGAAAACUUCUGAGGACGAUAUUGUUUGGUGUGAAGCGAGUUACUGCUAAUAAUUUGGAAACUUUUGGAUUUAUAUUAUUUUUACUUAUUUUUGCGAUCGCAGCAGCCGCUUACGUUUGGAUCAAUGGUACUGCUGAUCCAACAAGGAGUCGAUACAAAUUAUUUUUAGAAUGUUGUUUGAUUCUUACAUCUGUUAUUCCACCAGAGUUGCCGAUUGAAUUGUCAUUAGCGGUUAAUUCAUCAUUGAUUGCACUGUCAAAAUUAGGUGUAUACUGUACUGAACCAUUUAGAAUGCCGUUUGCCGGAAAAGUUGAGAUAUGCUGUUUCGACAAAACUGGCACACUAACAAGUGACAAUUUAGUCGUAGAAGGAGUAACUGGUAUUGAAGGUAAAACCGAGGUAAUAAAUGUUGAUGAUGCACCAAUAGAGAGUGUACAAGUGUUGGCUACAUGUCAUUCAUUGGUGCAAUUAGACGACGGAAUUGUGGGAGAUCCACUGGAAAAAGCAACUUUGAAAGCUGUCAAUUGGACGCUUACUAAAAAUGAUGUGGUGAUACCUAAAAAAGGACGAGUACGUCCUUUAAAAAUAGUUCACAGACAUCAUUUCUCGUCGGCUCUAAAAAGAAUGAGCGUUGUAGUUGGUUACAAUAUGCCUAAUACUACUGAAACGAAUUACAUUGUCACCGUUAAAGGAGCACCGGAAACAUUGAAGAAUAUGUACUCGUCAAUUCCUGAUAAUUACGAAUCAACUUAUCUGUCGCUAUCGCGUCGCGGUGCUCGAGUACUGGCUCUGGGAUAUAAAAAGUUACCAGAAAUAGUAUCGCCGCAAGAUCUAAGAUCAUUGACGCGCGAUGACAUGGAAUCAGAGUUAAUCUUUGCCGGGUUUGUCAUCAUAAGUUGCCCAUUAAAACCUGACUCGUGUUCUGUUAUCAAAGAAAUAAUCAAUGCAUCGCAUAUUGUCGUAAUGAUAACGGGUGAUAAUCCAUUGACAGCUUGUCACGUCAGUCGCGAAUUACAUUUUACUAAAAAACCAGUCACUUUGAUACUGAGCAAAAAUAGUAAAGACAAUUGGUACUGGGAAAGUGUCGACCAACAGACAAAAGUACCUUUGGGUCUUGAAAAUGUUCUAGAAAGUGGCAAGGAAAUUUGGAAAAAAUACGCGCUCUGUUUGACUGGUGAGGGUCUAGAUUAUCUAAAAGAUUACGAUAAUCAUUUAUUCACUAAAUUGCUACCACAUAUUGUGAUAUUCGCGCGUUGCGAGCCUAAACAAAAAGAAUUUAUAAUUGUAUCACUUCAACGGUUGGGUUUUGUAACUUUGAUGUGUGGUGACGGUACCAAUGACGUUGGUGCUUUAAAACACGCACAAGUUGGAGUGGCGAUUCUCAGUAGCCCACCGGGAGAGAAAAAAUCCUCGUCACCGAGCCGUGAGCCCAAUUCAAGCAACAACUCUCAAUCAACUAAUCCAAAUGGAUCUCAAACAUCGACGAAUAAUCCUAACCGACCGCCAAAUAUGACUCGCCAGCAGUUAAACAACAUGCAGUUGCAACAAUUACUGAAAGAAAUGGAAGAACAAGAUCAGACUGUUGUAAAAUUAGGAGAUGCGUCUAUAGCCGCACCAUUUACCAGCAAGCUAUCGUCAAUACAGUGCAUAUGUCACAUUAUCAAACAAGGAAGAUGUACUUUAGUUACAACAUUGCAGAUGUUUAAAAUUUUAGCGUUAAAUGCACUUGUAUUGGCUUACAGUCAAUCAGUGCUUUACUUGUCGGGAAUAAGGUUCACUGACGCUCAAGCAACAAUACAAAGUUUUCUGCUGGCACUUUGUUUCUUGUUUAUAUCACGCUCUAAACCUCUCAAGACUCUAUCUAAACAAAGACCACUGCCAAAUAUAUUUAAUUUGUACACAAUACUGACAGUAUUGUUGCAAUUUGCUGUACACUUCUGUUGCCUUAUUUAUUUAGUUAGAGAAGCUACUGUUUACUCAUCGCCUAACGAUAAAUUGAGAGACAUCCUCUCGGAUUUGUCUUUGGCACCAUCUAAUCCAAUCAAUAAUACGGCUGUCGACGUAGCAAAUGGCGAUGGAGAUAAUGACAAUGAAGUUGAAGCAAAUGUCGUCAAUAGUGCGGUCUACAUAAUAUCAAUGGCAUUACAAAUAUCUAAUUUUGCUAUAAAUUAUCGUGGAACCCCGUAUAUGGAGAGUUUAUACGAAAAUAAAGCUCUUUUCUAUUCAUUGAGCGGUAGCUUUGCUGCCGUUUUAGCUCUGGCUUUUGGAAUUUCUCCUAUUGCGGAAUCGCUUAAAAUAGUAGAUUUUCCAUCAGAUUUUCGUAUUAUUUUAUUAGCUGUUUUGAUUUUUAAUUUUGUUGCGGCUUACAUUGUCGACAGGUCAUGUAGAUGGCUGUUCGGUGAAGGUAAAUUACAAAAAUUGUGA